CACAGGAUGCUGUGUUCUCUGCUUCUCUGUGAGUGUCUGUUGCUGGUGGCUAGUCAUGUUCCUGAUGAUGACUGGAUUGACCCCACAGACAUGCUUAACUAUGAUGCUGCUUCGGGAACCAUGAGGAAAUCUCAGAUGAAACAUGGUACUGCAGAGAAAAAGGAUGUAGGUCCUGACACGUCAUGUGCUGCUGAAUUGUCAGAAUGUUAUCACAAACUUGACUCCUUAAUUUAUAAGAUCGAUGAGUGUGAAAAGAAAAAGAGGGAAGACUAUGAAAGUCAAAGCAACCCUGUGUUUAGGAGAUACUUACAUAAGAUUUUAAUUGAAGCUGGAAAGCUUGGGCUUCCUGAUGAAGACAAAGGUGAUAUGCAUUAUGAUGCCGAGAUUAUCCUUAAAAGACAAACCUUGUUAGAAAUACAGAAGUUUCUCAGUGGAGAAGACUGGAAGCCAGGAGCCUUGGAUGAUGCACUAAGUGAUAUCUUAGUUAAUUUUAAGUUUCAUGACUUUGAAACAUGGAAGUGGCGAUUUGAAGACUCCUUUGGAGUGGAUCCAUAUAAUGUGUUAAUGGUACUUCUGUGUCUGCUGUGCAUCGUGAUGCUAGUCGCGACCGAGCUGUGGACAUAUGUACGUUGGUACACCCAGCUGAAACGUGUUUUAAUCAUCAGUUUUCUCUUCAGUUUGGGAUGGAACUGGAUGUAUUUGUAUAAGCUAGCUUUUGCCCAGCAUCAGGCUGAAGUCGCUAAGAUGGAGCCGUUCAACAAUGUGUGUGCUGAGAAGAUGGAUUGGGCCGGAAGUCUCUGGGAAUGGUUUAGAAGUUCAUGGACCUAUAAGGAUGACCCAUGCCAAAAAUACCACGAGCUCUUAUUAGUCAACCCUAUCUGGUUGGUUCCACCAACAAAGGCACUGGCAGUUACAUUCACCAACUUCGUAACGGAGCCAUUGAAGCACAUUGGAAAAGGAACUGGUGAAUUCAUUAGAGCACUCAUGAAGGAAAUUCCAGGGUUACUUCACAUUCCAGUGCUGAUAAUUAUGGCGUUAGCUAUCCUGAGUUUCUGCUAUGGCGCUGGAAAGUCAGUUCAUGCACUGCGACAUUUAGGUGGCCCCGAGAGAGAUCCUGCCCGGGCAAUUGAGCCGGGUGAAAGAAGACGGCAGAAGGAUACUGACUAUAGAGCCCUUGGUGGUGCAGGUGAUGCAGAUUUCUAUUAUAGGGCCCCUGCUGGCCCCAUUGAGCAAGUCCCUUAUGACAAAACAUAUGAGGGUAGAAGAGAUGUUUUGAGAAGGAGAGAUGUUGACUUGAGAUUUCAGACUGGCACCAAGAGCCCUGAAGUGCUCCGGGCAUUUGACUUACCGGACGUGGAGGCGCCAGAUCUUCACAAGGUGGGACCCAGCUGUAAAUCACCUGUUCUGGAUACAAAGCCCAAAGAAAUUGGCAGCAUCCCAGAAGAAAGCACACUGAUAGAAAGCAGUACCGAGAGCAGCCAGACUUCUAAGCCUGCCUCUGGCCAGGAUAGGUCAGGGAAGAUGGAAGAUUUGCCCACAGUGGAAAAGGGGCCACUCAAGACGGAAACUGAGGACAGCCCUGAGGGCAGCACACACAUCCCGGCGAGAGCUGCAGCGAGCACGUGUGGAAAGGACCCAGUUGGCAGCCCAUGUGGCUAGAGAAACAGGGAUGCCAGCGCCGAGGCCAUCUUUGGCUGUUGUGAAGUAUCCUCUUAACAACUCUAUUCACUCUUCUGAUGUGUACACGAGGGUGCCAGCCUAAACAUUAGCAUUUUUACUGACAGUUAGCAAACACCUGUGUAUAUGUGAGCUUUUGUUUAAUCUCGUCUUCUCUUUGAUAAAUUCUUUCCAUAAAGUUUUGAAGUGUUAAUUUUAGAACAGGGUCUCACAGAAUUUAUAUUUUAAGAUGAAUGUAUGGCAGCCAUCACUGAUUCUGGAUAGUUAAGGAGGCCAGUUUGAAUCCAGGAACAUUGAAAAAGAAGUGUAUGUAUUGUUUACAGGCAUUGAUAGGAACCAGCUAACCAAACUAUGUGUUGCCCAGUGGAAAUCCUAUAUUUUCUACUUUACUUCGCAGAGUAAUAUGCUAGUUCUGCGUUGGAUUCAAAGUAUUCCUAACGUGAGAGGCACUCAGCCUGAUGUGCUGGAUUAUAGGUGUGAGCCACCACGCCUGGCCAACACAGGCUUUGUAAAGACUGAUUUUUCUUGUUGCUCAGAUCCUAGCAGUUGAGACUAUUACAUAUGACCGUAUACCAUUUAUAUGACAGCAAACCACAUUUUCUUGGCCAUAUGAAGCUGUGAUUUUUAGAGGUCUAGACAGAGAGAUCGUGAAAGCAGAAUAGGGUGCCUUCUGCAACUACAAAGUUGUCAAUCAGCAUUUUAAAUUAGCCUUGCUGAUUUUGAAAGGCAUUCUUCAUUUUAAACCUUUUUAAAGGCAGUUUAUAAAUUUUGCACGUCGGUAGCUAGCAGAUUUCACAGGUAACUAGAGGUUAUGUUCAGCUGCUAGCUAAAAAUGAUACCAACUAUGAAUAAAGUCUUAAGAUGUCCAUGCAGGCAUUUGUUUCAGGAAAAAAACAUUCAAAGCACUUGCUUGUGUUUUUGU